AAGCCAAGCAGUAGGUGUAGCAUAACUGCAGGCGCAAAAGUAGCAACAGUAUAAAUCACAAACAACAGCUGUAUGGUUUGUUGUACGUCGCCACUAAACCGCAAGUUUAACGACGCCGUAAGAAAGGCGAAAAUAUUUUACGGUCACCUAACAAACGCCAAGUGAAGUGCGCGACGUUUGUAUGUGUGUGUGUGUGCUUUAUGUACUGGAAGGUGUAGCAGAAGCAGUAGUAGUGUGCAAUUAAAACGGCAUUAGUUUAUUACUAACCACUGCGGUUAGUGGCCAACUCACGCCACUACAAACGACACUUAAAUGUACAGUUCAAUCACCUUUGAUUUGGUCACAGUAAAUCGCUGACAUUUACGACAUUGAAAUGCCGAAAAGCCAAUUGUGAUUCAGAAAUUCACCGAUUUUCUUUGUGCUUAUGAAAAAAAUGUGUGAAUUAUUGAUUUUUACGCUGCGCAGCUGUUUGCGUUAAGCAACAGCAACCCUACAUCUACAUUUAUAAAUGUAUAUAAAAUACUGUUGUUGUGUAUGUAUAUAUACAUGUGUCAGUCAUUAAGUUGAAAUCAAUUUGUGUAAGCGGCUUACAAUAACACGGCUGUUAAUAAAUAAUAAUAAGUUAUUUACUAUUUAGUGCAUGAAAAAAUAGUUUUUAAAUAUUUUUCCAGCACUUUUUAUCCUCUUCGCAUUGCUCGCUCUAAUUUUUAUUAAAAAAAAAUUACAACAUUUUUUCACACAUCAUCAGCUUUUGCGCUGCGCUCAACGAUAUCAUCAUUUCAACCGCCAUUAAAUACGCAUUUUCAUAACGGAUUAAACCAAAAAACGCUGUACAUACACAAAAACGCUUGCAGUUUAUACGCUUUACACGCUACUUUAUUACUAUCCAAUCACUUUUUAAUUGAGUGUUGCACACAUACAAAUCCAUAAAUUGUUUGUACAAAAACAAAUAUAAAAUCAUUUCAUGUGUCCUUGUAAAAUGCUGCCACGCAAAGAGAUACCAACGCGUCGCUCCAAUUUGCUGCGUGGCCCUAGUUUGAGUGUAAGGCCUCAGGGUAGCAGUAAAAUGGAUCGCUACGAGAAAUUGAGUCGGCUUGGAGAAGGUUCAUAUGGUGUGGUCUACAAAUGUCGUGAUCGUGAAACGGGUGCCUUGGUGGCUGUUAAGCGAUUUGUGGAAUCCGAAGACGAUCCAGCUAUAAGAAAAAUUGCGUUACGUGAAAUUCGGCUGUUGAAAAAUCUGAAGCAUCCAAAUCUGGUGUCACUACUGGAGGUAUUCCGGCGUAAGCGACGUUUGCAUUUGGUAUUUGAAUUUUGCGAGCUGACAGUGUUGCACGAAUUGGAGCGACAUCCGCAAGGCUGUCCGGAGCAUUUAACCAAACAGAUCGUCUACCAGACGCUGCUGGGUGUGGCUUAUUGCCACAAACAGGGCUGCCUGCAUCGUGACAUUAAACCGGAGAAUAUACUGUUGACAGCGCAGGGACAAGUGAAGCUGUGUGAUUUCGGUUUUGCGCGGAUGUUGAGUCCUGGCGAGAAUUACACAGACUAUGUUGCCACCCGCUGGUAUCGUGCGCCGGAGCUGCUAGUCGGCGAUACACAGUAUGGCACUGCUGUGGAUGUGUGGGCAAUCGGCUGUCUCUUUGCGGAGCUGGUGCGCGGCGAGGCGUUGUGGCCUGGUAGGAGCGAUGUGGAUCAACUAUAUUUGAUACGCAAAACAUUAGGUGACCUGUUGCCGCGGCAUAUACAGAUUUUCUCACAAAAUGAAUAUUUUAAGGGCAUUACAUUACCAGUACCGCCAACGCUCGAACCGCUCGAAGACAAAAUGCCAGCUAAAUCACUACAAAAUCCGCUCACCAUAGACUUUCUCAAAAAAUGCCUCGACAAGGAUCCGGCCAAGCGUUGGUCCUGCGAAAAGCUCAUCAAACACUCAUACUUCGAUGAUUACGUUGCCAAACAGCGUGAACUGGAGCAUGUGAAUAGCCUCGAAGCGGCCGCAUUGCAACGACAACAACAAUUGCUACAGCAACAACAACAGUUGCAACAACAUUUGAUGUUGCAGCCGCAUAGUCAACAAUUGCAGCCACAAUCACAACAGCAUACACCGCUGCAGGCGCAACACCAUCAGCACCAGCAACAACAUCAGCAGCAACAACAACAGCAACAACAGCAAACACCAACAUUGCUGCUGGCAGCGCAGGCGGCGCGUGACAAAUCCAAGACUUCGAAUACAUCACUUCCAUUGCUGACCAACACACAGCUGUCGCAUCAUCAUCAGGACUAUGUGAAGCUGCAACCGAUUAACAAGAAUGCCACAUUGCUCCAUCGCACCGAACAUCAUUUGCCAACGAUAUAGUGUGUUACGCAGGCAUGUGUUCAGCAAAAAACCACAACACCAACAACAACAUCAACACAAAAACAUCAAGUAUGCUGCCGCUGGCCAGCUAGUAGCUGGCUGUUGUGGCAACAUUUGCUGGCUGGCGCAAAUGUGUUACAAUGCUUGCGCCGCUUGGUUGACCACCGUUAUAGCUUGUUGCAACUACAUUCUACUUUGUGUACGCUAUCCGGCAUGUAGUUGCAGCAGCACUUAAUUGGCGCAUUUUGUGGCGUGUUGCAGUGGCAUGUGAAGAAUUCUUGAAAGUCGUGGAAGAUGUGAAGAAUUUCGAAACAAUUUUGAUUUUCAUCCUUAAUUGAGAUCUCUCUUUUUAUUUCACUUAGACGCAUAUGUGUAUUUUUUUAUCAAACAAAAGCUGUAUAUGUCCAUAUAUAAAAUAUAAUUAAAUAAUAAAUAAAUUAGUAAUAAUCAAUGUAA